GUCACGAUCAACUAAUUUUGAAAGACCUUCAAAACUUAACUGGUCUAGUGAGGAAAGGUCAAAUAUCCUCUUUCCGAUUCUUACACCGGACGAACAAUUAAAAGCGGUGCAACUAAGGAACUGUCCUAAUGCUAUAAGAAUGAAUAUGCGAACUAGCCAAAAACCUAAGAAGGUUUGCAUUUCGAUCUAA